UGGUUGACAAGGACACCCAAACGGUAACAUGGCCGAACGUAAGGUGUUGAACAAGUACUUCCCCCCAGACUUCGACCCCUCCCUCCUCACCAAACGCAAAAAACCCCAAAAAGCCGGCCCAAAAGUUCAAACAGUACGUCUCAUGACACCUUUCUCCAUGAAAUGCAACACCUGCGGCGAAUACAUCUACAAGGGCAAAAAAUUCAACGCACGUAAAGAGAAUAGCGGGGAGUUUUACCUCAGUAUCGAGCGGUUCCGGUUUUAUAUUCGGUGUACGCGAUGUUCGGCUGAGAUUACCUUUAUGACGGAUCCGAAGAAUGGGGAUUAUCUUAUGGAGAGUGGUGCUUCCAGGAAUUUCGAGCCGUGGAAGAAGAAGGACGGGGACGAGGAGGAGGGCGGGGAGGGGGAGGGUGGAGAGGAGGAGGGGGAGAAUGCGAUGGAGAGGUUGGAGAGUAAGACGUUGGAUGCGAAGAUGGAGAUGGAGAUCAUGGAUGCAUUGGACGAGAUCCGGACCAGGAAUUCACGGCAUGAGAGAACGGGGGUUGAUGCCGCGCUUGACCUCAUCGAUGCUGAGCGCGAAGCCGCUGCUAAGGUGGAAACGGAGGAAGAGCGACUCGCGCGAGAAGAUGCUGAAAUUGCACGGAAAGCUUUUCUGGACGCAGAUGGAGAUAAGGUGCGGAGAGUUGUUGAGGGUGAUGGGGCAUUGAAGGAGACGCCGGUGCCUGUGGUGGCUAAGCCGGCAAUCCCUACUUUCAAGACGGGGGUUGUGAAGAGGAAGAAGAAGGACUUGGGGGCUGCGCUUGGAAUUGUGGUGAAGAAGAAGUAGGCCGAAGAGGGAAGCGAGAGGACUGCGUGGUGCAUAUGGGAUAGGAUGGCGUUUCCAGUCUUUACAGCCGUCGUAAUAGUAUACCCUUUUUGAGAACCAUCCACUUCUCAUAUGAGGC